AUGCCGCCCUCUUCAAAGCUCGCUCUCCUCUCCUCCUUUUUGGGUGCUGCUGCCGCCAGCAUGCAGUUCGCAGCCGCCGAGUCCCUCACGGGGGACGUUGCAUGCAGCGUAUUUGCCGCUGGUCUCUUUGCGUUUUCCAACACGGCAUGGAAGUUCAGUACUCAGUUCGAGGUCUUCGCGCUCAACAACAUCUUCUCCUCCUCCAUCCUCCUCCUCACCCUUCACUUCCUCCGCCACCAGCGGGGCUGGACGCCCCUGCUCGGGUCGUUCCUGUGUGGCCUUGCUCUUACGAACCAGCACACAAUCGUUGUGCUCGUCCUGGUUUCCGUCGUCUUUGCAGUCUGGAGGAGUCGGCUCAGUCUCCUGCAUCCGAGGAGGAUGCUUGUGCUGUUGGUUCUGUUCGUGCUGGGGUUGAGUCCAUACUGCUACCUCUUCGUUGCAGGGUCUCGACCUCCCAUGGGGAGUUGGGGAUUGUUUCAAGAUAUGAGAGGACUAUUGCGACAUGUACUGAGAGAGGAGUAUGGAACUUUCCAACUUUACACGUCUGGUCGAUCAGAGCUCUCCAGCAACACCACAAGCGUUCAGACGUGGGAGAGCAGAUGGAAGAGGAACGUCGCUGACUACUGGAGCAACUUGAACGAGGAGACGGCAGGAGUUGGGCCAUUCUUGUUCGUUCUUGGACUCAUUCUUCUGCUUCUGGCAAAGGAUGCAAACCAGGUCACAGGAGGGGCGUACCUUGUUGUUUACUUGGCCGUUUACAUGGCGAUCUUCACUUCACUCGCAAACCUUCCAGACUCCGUGAAUGCUGCAUCUUUGACAAAGCUGAAAUUCUACGAUGAUAUCUUGAGAAGGUUCUGGAUGCAACCAAAUCAAGUUGUUUUCCUCGUCAUAGCCUACGGAGCAUCGACAAGUGUCCAGAGCUUGCUCAAUGUGCGGGCUGGCCAGUUUGUACGUCCUGUCGUGUUAGCAGCAAUCAUUGCUUUGCAACUGAUGAGAAAUUUUCCUCGAAGGAACAUGUACAACAACAUGAUAGUGCACAGGUUUGCACUGGACCAGCUUUCUGCGCUUCCUCCUCAUUCUAUAGCUCUUUGCUCGGGAGAUCUCAACUAUUUUCCCGUCCUCUACCUACGAAGCUGCGAGAGGAGACGGCAAGAUGUUCUUCUGCUCAACACAGCGAUGAUGAAGGGAGAAUGGUUUCAAGCUCAACAGGAGUUUCUUUCGACCCCUGUCGUGCUGCCUGGAAGGAGGUAUGCACCAGAAGUGCCGCACUGCGACGAGCACGUCUAUAACCUCCGCUGCUUCCUCGAGGCGAACCUUGGGAGAGGGGAGGAGGAGAGGGAGAGGGGACAAAGGAGGGACAAGAGGAGGGACAAGAGGGGGAAGGAGGGGAGGACAAAGGACAAGAGACAGAGGAGGAAGGAGGACAGGGAGGAGGGGGCUAUGGGCAGGAGGAGGAUAUUCCUGUUAGGUAGGCGACCUCCCUCGGACGAUUCAUGGCAGAAGGAGUUUGAGGACUGGCCGUUUGGACUGGCAAGAGAAGUGUUUUUCACUCGGAAGAGAAGAGGAGGAGGAGGAGGAGGAGGAGGAGGAGGAGGGAGGGAUUGGUUCAAGAAAUGGGCGAAUGAGAGCAUGGCUGCACUUUCGUUGUCGCCGAGGUUUGAGAGGAGGAGACGUCGGCUGCUGGAGGAGCGAGAGGGGAACUACUUCUCCCAGCGGAUCGAGGCAUGGCUGGAGUCGCAGGAAGUUUGUGCGGACGAUGGGAGGAGAGGAGGAGGAAGGGAGGGUGGGAGGAAGGAGCUGCAAGGGGGACGGCAGAACGAGAGAAAGAAGCUGAGCAAGGAGGAGGCAGAGGUGGCAGACCAGAAGGAGAAGGAGCAGGAGGAGCAGGAGGAGCAGGAGGAGCAGGAGGAGCAGGAGGGAGGAAGGGAGCUUGACAAUUGGGAACGGGCAGCGGAAGAAUCCUACCUCUCCUCCCUCACUUUCACCUCGAAGUUCUUCAUCUCAGCACUGAGAGACGAGCAUGCUUCUCUGUCCAUCAGCAGCAACGACACGGCGAUCGCAGCCAUGGCGGAGCGAGUGAGUAUGGCGACGGCGAGGACGAUGCCGUAUCAGUCGGCGUCGCACAAGAACAUGGGGGCGUUCUACCAGCACCUGAUGAAUGUGAUGGAGCAGGACAAGAUCUCGUACAUCAAGAAAAUGGUCACUUCCUAUGAGAAUUUCAUAGCGGUCGCGACUCUGAGGAGGGAGGAGGACGAAGACAUCCGCGUCCUAGGGGAGUGGGUGGAGCAAGUGAAGGACUGGAUGUCACAGCAGGCAAUCGUUUAG